AUGUAUUCCCUGUUGUCGCGCACUGCACUUAGAGGCUCGCGGAUUCUCGCGAGACGGUCGUCCACCUUCUCGAGACGGCAGUUUUCCGCUGCUGCCCCGGGCGGCGCCGUUCUCGCGCUCGGUUUGGCGGGAUUGAUCACGUACACUUUUGCCUCUCCGAUUUCGAUGGAGUCGCCCAUCGACAAGGAAAAGCUGGCCGAGAAGGCCGAGAAGCCGGUCGAGACGACCGAGCAUGACGACGAGAAGGGAGCCUACGACCCAGAAACGGGCGAAAUCAACUGGGACUGUCCGUGUCUCGGAGGCAUGGCCCACGGCCCUUGUGGAGAGGAGUUCAAGGCCGCUUUUUCGUGCUUUGUCUACUCCAAGGAGGAGCCUAAGGGCAUCGAUUGCAUUGAGAAGUUCAAGGGAAUGCAGGAGUGUUUCAAGAAGUAUCCAGAGGUGUAUGCUGAGGAGCUGAGAGAGGAUGACGAGUACGGCCAGGUUCCAGAGGCCCAGGAAGCCGCGGAAAAAGCGGAAGUUGCCGUCGCGGAGGCCGUCGAGACCGUUUCUGAGACUGUUUCCGACGUGGCAACGAAGGUGGCUGAGAAAACAGAGGAAUCAGUGGGCCAAAUCGCUGAGAAGACCGAUGCUUUGGUCCAGUCGCCACAGGCAGCCGACCUGUCGCACAAGGUUGCCGACGCUGUCGAGAGCGCUACAGAGGUGCCUGCCAUGGUGAUCGAAGAGACUUUGGAGGGUAAAUAG